AUGGUUGGGGCUGGGGACCCAAGGUUGAAGAAUAAUGCAGUGCCUCCCUUGGGGUUGCCACGAGAGCAAGGGUGCCACCUCCUUUCCUCCAAACAAUUUGCAGAAGUCUUAAAAGCCCCCAAUGAUCAGAGGAAGAAGCAUGGUGUUCCCUCACUUAAACUCUGCAAAAAGUUAAACAUGGAAGCACAGCAGUGUUCAGAAGCACUUGCUAGCACAAGAAUCCUCAAACACAGUCCUGAAUCUAGUAGUGGGAAAUGUGAGGGAAAUCUAGCAUGUCCUUCUUACAAUCAGUCAGGAAGUGAAGUAGCUGACAGAUGGUAUAGUGAAAUAAAAAAUUACAACUUUCAGAGCCCAGGGUUUCCCUCUGGGACAAGACAUGUCACAGUUAUGGUUUGGAAGAACACAAAAAAGAUGGGAGUUGGAAAGACAGCAGCCGGCAAUGGUUCCACAUUUGUGGUGGCCAGAUAUGAGCCUGCUGGCAAUAUCAUAAACCCUGGUAAAAAUGAACAAAAUGUUCAUUGUGACUAA